UAAUUGAAAUAGGAAAUUAUAGACAAUUACAAACAGUAGGAAAAUUAAAAGAAAGAAAGCCCUAAACUUGUGAUGGCCGCUUCUUCGUCUUCUCCACCGCACUUCUCUUUCAGUUCUGUCCUAUGCCAAUAAACAAAGAAAGGCAAGAAACACGAUUCCCCAAUUUUCUUAUAUGACCUUUGACCUUUUCUUAGUUGUAUUCCCCCUUAUUUUUUUAUCAUUACCCAAAAUUCUUAGACAUCAUUUCCACUAAUUCAUCCUAUUGCUCCAGAAAUUUUCCUGAUCUAUUCUCAUCUGCCCUAAUUCACAACAUCUGAAAUCAAUCUACGACGAUGUAUUACACUCGGUGACAGAAUCUGCGUAUUUGUUGUAGAUUCAGAAGAUCUAAGACAAAUUUUGACUCUAUCAAAUGGAGGAUGAGAAAGGUCUCGAUCUGAGCUUGGGCCUUCCGUGUGGCGGAAAUAGUUCCUCAAAUAAAAGUAAACAGGGCAGCUCAUCUGAUGUCAAGUUAGAUGAAGGCGAUAGAGGUAGCAAGUUAAUCAAUGAGUUCAAAAACUUUCUAGAAGGUGGAAAUCAACAACAUCCACCACAAGUUGGAGAGACCUUUAAUUACAACUUUCCUAAACCUGCUGCUGAAUUAGAAACUUCAAAGAAUUCAAAUGCUGAAGGAUUGUGGUUACGAAGUGAUACCAGGCCUAUUGAAAUUGAUGAAAAGACUUCAGGUGUUGGUGAAAAGCGGAAAAACCUGUUUAUUGAGACGAACCAACAGAAGAAGUACGAGAGAGAAACCAGUCAUCCUGAUUUGACUGAUAAAUCCAAGGCAUCACACAUCUCCAUAACCACGGAUGAGGGAUCAACUGCAGAAAACGAAGAUGUUGCAGAUUCAGAAGUAGAUGGCUCAACUUCAAGGCAUGUUUCUCAGCAUGAUGAUGUUCCAAAACGGUUUGCGUCCACUGGUGGUGUAUCCAGGGUUCAGAAGGAAUCUCAUGCAUUUGGAGAUUCGAGUGGUGUUGAAAUUCUAGGACAGAAAAGAUUUACAAUCUCAUCAGAAAAGGAAUUCAACGUGAUGAAUAUGUCCGUUUCUUAUGGUGCUACACUCCCAGUUCCACCAGCAAACAUGAACAUGUCUUACUCGCAACCUGUUAAGGAUUCUAAUUCUAGUGGUACACCUAAUCCAUCCAACUAUCCAAAGCCUAGCAUGAUGCAUGCAAUGCCUACCACAAACAUUGAGCGACCAGGUGGCCAUCCAGUUAUGCCUGCUAAUUUUCCUCUAAUGUAUGGGUACACUCCUGUCCAGCUUCCAGUGCUAGACAGAGAUAACUCUCGUGGCAUCAUUUCUCAUCACCAACAAAUUAACCCAACUUAUUCUGGAAGGAACCCGGACACUCAAAAUGAUGGCCGGAAGCUCACUCAAGUAAUUUCACACAAGUCAUCUGAAACUACUCAGUGUGAUGUGAGGGCUGUAGAACCUGGAAAAUGUUAUGGAAAGCAGCAAGUUGGUGAAGAAGGUUCAUCUUCUCACACAGAUGGUGAUCUGAAAGGGAAUCACACAAUUCAUCAGGUAAAAGAUUCACCUAAUCAGCCAAGAGCAGAAUCUCUUCCGUCAGAAUUUCCGGCUAUAAGGCCUGGUAUCACUGCAGAUCUCAAAUUCGGGGGUUGUGGAUCUUACCCGAAUCUGCCAUGGGUGUCUACUAACGGCUCAGGUCCAAAUGGCCGAACAAUAUCAGGUGUAACAUACAAGUUCAGCCCUACUCAGAUUAAGAUUGUUUGUGCCUGCCAUGGUUCUCACAUGUCGCCUGAUGAAUUUAUACAACACGCCAGUGAAGAAAACAACAGUCCAGAUGCUGGCACUGGUUUAACUUCAUUAUCAGGCAGCAAUCCUGCAGCUUCGGCUCAGAGUUGAUGCCAGAAGUAAAGCGCGUCAGAUUAUUAGGUUUGACAUUUCAAUGAAUAAUCCUCUGCUUGGCAUGCUGUUGAUUAUACUGGAAUGUGUGUAUGUUGCUCAUCUACUGUACAUCUGUGUCGUUCAUUCUUUAAGAAGCUUAUUGUUAUUUAGAGUGGUAUGGUGUCUUGACAUGCUAUUGGCUUACAGUAUUUAUUUUUGAGCAAUCUACUUUUGUAAGAUAACAAUAAUUGUUAAAAGUGUGUGAUUGAGUUGGUUGCAUGUUUUACAAAGAUGUAUCUGCCAUUGGGCUGAUAAUAAUAAUUUGUGUAGUA